AUGUCGCACGCCGAUAAUCGAGCAUCCGAGCAUGAGACCCGCUGGACGGCUGUAGACAGCUACUCCUUCGCUUGCCUCCAUCCAUCCUCCUCAGCUACUCCAUCUAAUGAAGCCCUUCAACGCGUUAUCAGUAACUCCCGUACGAACGAUCUUGCCGACAUCGCUGUCUCCCCCUCCCAAGGCAAAUUUUUGAUGCUGCAAACGCGCAUGCUGCGCGCUAAACACGUCCUUGAAGUCGGGACGUUGGGCGCUUACUCUGCCAUCUGGCUUGCGAACGCGGGUCCUGAUGUCCGCGUCACAACCGUCGAGAUCGACGAGAAGCAUGCACGGGUCUCAAGAGAAAACUUGGAAGCCGCGGGUGUGGGUGAGAGAGUCGAGAUCCUAUUGGGCAGCGGACUGGAAGUGCUGCCGCGGCUCAGGAAGGAGGUGGAGGAGGGAAGGAGGGAGAGAUACGGUUUUGUGUUCAUCGAUGCGGACAAGCAGAAUAACUGGUCGUACUUCGAUGAGAGUGUCAAGAUGUGUGUUCCUGGGGCUUGCAUCGUAGUGGACAAUGUAGUGAGAAAGGGACAACUGGCGGAUGAGGAGGCGGCGGAAAGCGAUCCAAAGGUUAAGGGAAGUCAGACGGUUGUGAAGAAUGUGGGCAAGGACGAGAGGGUGGAUGGGAUCGUGAUGCAGACCGUUGGAGAGAAGGGCUAUGAUGGGUUUCUAAUUGCUGUCGUAAACGGCAACUAA